UGACAUUUAUCUAUUUCGGACCCGACCCAACCCAACCCAAUUCUGGUCCUAAACCUAAACGCAUUUUCAUAUUUUCUUUUUCUUUCUCUCUUUCGAUCUCAGCUAAGAAGUCGCCGCCGACGAUUUCCACUGACUGAAAAAUGAAAGAUAUGGCGGUGACAUUAGACUAGAAGACACAAACAAACAACUCAUUUAGCGCUAAUCAACUCGUUCUUCUCAACUCACUCACUCACCCAUGGCGGACUGCUCCGACUCUCCUCCCUCUCCUUCUCCCACUUCUCCCAUGAAUAUCGACGGCUCCGACCGCGACUCCGUCCUCUCCAACUCGGAAUGGCUCACUCAGCGGGAGGUAAUCGAACGCCGUGCCCGACGAGUCAAGCAACUCGCUCGUCUUUACAGGCACCAUUACUGGGCUUUGGUGGGGGACCUCAAGGCCAAGCACAGAGAAUACUACUGGACCUACGGUAAGAGUCCCUUCAAGGAAGACGAGCCCCUCCCUCCCAACGGUGCGGACGGAACCGGAGAGAACGGGAAGCCAGGGUUGGCUUCCUCCACCGGAAUUGGGGAUGACAUUAAAAGGUGCCAAAUGGCUGGCUGUAAGAACAGGCCCAUGGCCUUGACGAAGUUUUGCCAUACCCAUAUACUCUCUGAUCCCCAACAAAAGCUCUAUAAGGGUUGCACAUAUGUCAUCAAGAGUAUGCAGUCAGGGCCUCUGCUGUGUUGUAAACCAAUACUGAGAUCCACAGUUCCUUCUCUCUGCCCAACUCAUUUUCAGAAGGGUGAAAAAUGCCUCCUACGGGACCUAAGAAAGGCAGGUCUGAAUAUCUCUUCAUUAAAUAACCUUGCUCCAAAACUCCAUGUCAUAGUUGCCGAAUUCGUAAACCAAAUCCAAUCCAAAAGGAGAGCUUUACGAAAGGCUUGUGUAGCUAAGGUCGAGCCAAAGUAGGACGGAGCCCACCAUUUCUUAGGCUCCUAUGCCCUUUGAUACUGCUGAAUAUUUAAGCACAUAUAUACAUAUAUAUGGUGGAAGGGGGACUAAAUUUUGAUAGGACAUUAGACUUUUGCCUAAGAAAGAAGACAUUUGUGCAUACAGAGACUUCAUUUUCUUCACGACAACCUCGCCCAUUUUCAUAAUUGCUGUGAGCUUUAUCAUAUCAGCAAUAAUAAUGUAAAUUGGUUAUUCUACUUCAAGUCUUGAUGAUUUUAUUGUUGUAAUUAGUUCACAAAAUACUCCCCUCAAGGGUUAUUAUUAUGUAUAUAACCUGUUGUGCAUGAUUGUGCAGUUAAAGUUGUGUAGGUUUCUCCUUAUGAUUCCAACCAAGUAUAUGACUUCAUUUUGAACUUUUUUUUUUACUAUAUGAGAUUCUAAUUAUCUUC